AUGGUCAGUAGUUCCAGCCGGAAGCACAAAUCCAGGCGGGCGAAUGGGGCACGUCGCCGUCUUCAACGAGGCCACCUCCACCAUGUUUGUCUUCGGAGGACAGGGCUCCGACUUCCUGUUCAGGAACGACUUGUGGAGCUACGACGCCGUGUCCCAGACCUGGACGCGAAGAUCUCCGGGCGGUACCAUCCCAGGGGCGCGUGGCUUCCAUGCGGCCGCCUGGGACGCGCUGGCGGAGAGGAUGUUCGUGCAUGGAGGUCAGUGGUUCGAUGCGGACAUGACUUUUUCGACGCGUGGCGACCUGUUCGUGUACGACACCAGGGCCGAUUACUGGUGGCAGGUCUCCGCCAACGUCAACGGGAUCGCAACCCCUUCGCUGUGGCAGCACGCCAUGGUCUUCCUUCCCAGAACGGAGAUCGGGGCCUGCUGCUGUUCGGCGGGACGGAAGGCGCUGACAGCACCGUCGCGGUGAACAGCCUGUAUGGCUUCAGGACCAGGGGCUCCCUGUGGGAGAACCUCUCUUGGACUGGUUCUGCGCCGCCAGGCAAGUCUCCCGUCGCGGCAUGGUACGACGGUUCUACCAACACUUCAGGAGCGAUGGAGUGGGACCGCCACGAGGCCCUGAUGCUCUUCGUAAACGAUGAGCACCUGCAGAUGUGGUUCAAGCCGCCGACGACGACAUCCAGUGCCACAUCGUCCAGCACUACGAUGACCAGCACCACUACCAUGUCAAUGGCCACUGGGACCACCUCAUUUGCGACCAGCACAGCGACCAGAGUAAGCACCUCCCAGACCAGCACAAUUUCUGAAAUCGUUAUUGAAACUGAUAGCAGCAGCGCAUCCUCUUGGACCAACACUAAGACUGGAACCACUACGUCCAGUACCAGAACGUCCAGCACAACGGUGACUGGCACCGCGACCAUGUCCACUUCCAAAAGCACAAGCGCGACACAGACCGUCACCAAGAUCAGUACCACGACAGGGACCAGCACAACCGUUAGCUCCAGCGAUGCCACUGGGACCAGCACAGAGAGUGUAACCACUGCGUCAAGCACCAGAACACCCAGCACAACGGUGACUGGCACCGCGACCGUGUCCACCUCCAAAAGCACAAGUGCGACAAAGACCGUUACUAAGACCAGCACCAGCACUGGGACCAGCAUCACGACUAGCUCCAUCGCCUCUUCUGGGACCAACGCUGAGACUGGAACCACUCCGUCGAGUAUCGGAACGUCCAGCUCCGCGGUGGCAAGCACCGCUACCAUGUCUACCGCUAUCAAGAUCAGCUACAGUGCAACCGGCACUAGUGCUUCUGCCACUAGUUCGACCAGUUUUGGUGUGACCAGCGCAAGUACCACCCAGACGAGCACCACUGGCGUCACGAUGACCAACACGCAGGCGAGCAGCAGCACUCGCAGCAGCACGGGCGAGACCAUCAACAGCGCCACUGUUACCAGCACCGUGUGGAGCAGCACAAGUGCCAUCAGUACAACCAGCCGCUCGAGCGCUACAGACACAAGCAGGACCAGUAGCUUCGCUCUCAGCAGUGCCAGCGGCUCGAGCAGCACAACUGGCAGUAGCUCCAGUGGAACCAGCACGUCUCAAGUUGGCGCCGCAGCGUCCGAUACGAGCAGCAUCCAGAGCAGCACUCCGAGCCUUGAGGCUGCACAGGUGAGCGGGUCAAUCGAGUUUUGGUUCUCUGACCCAGACGCCGUUCGGAGCGGGGCGGAGGCGGAGAAGUUGCUGGUCUCGGUCGGCGUCACGAUCUCCCAGGUCGUGGGCAUGCCAGCGAGCUAUGUCUCCGUCUGGUUCGCGGAGGGAUCGCGGAGGCUCGGGGCCGCCACCCGUCGGCUCGCCGGGGGCAUCCUCGAGGUGAGGUACAGCAUAUACGUGCCCUCGGAUAUCGAUGCUGAGUCUCUCGGUAUUGACGACGCGGAGGCGUCCUUGAAUAGCGUGAGCGUCAGUUCUUUCACGUCCUUGCUGCAGAAGAACAUCGACUCGAACUUUGGGGAGGCCGUGUACUCGGUUUCCGUGCUGGCACUCGACGCGGUUGUGGUUGACGACGUUCAUACCGUCCCGGCAGAGCCAGACGAACGUCAGGGUUCUGCCUCGAGCGUGCUCAUCAUCAUCGUCAUUGGAGUAGGGUGUUGUCUCGGGAGCGUGUUCAUCAGCGUUAUGCUGUUUUCGCGCAGGCGUCGGCGUUGGGCGCUUCGUCUGGAACGCGAUCGGGCUCAGAGGCAGUGCCACCCGUCCACAGGCGCGACAAGCGGCGAGCAGGGCCCACGGGAAGACGGCGAUAAGUUCGAGUUCUUCUUUGACAUGGACAACGCGGACGAGCACGUUGCCGAAUAUGAGACUCGUCAGGAGCUCACUUCGAGCCCGUCUGCAGGCGCUGGCCAGGCCCCGGGAGAGCUCAUCUUCGACAUGGACAGUCCGGACGUGUACCUCGGCGAGCAUGAGGAGGACCUGGCUCCAAGCUUGAGGAUGCAUGUCCCAAGGCUGCAUGGCGCAGCUGGCGGCGCCGAUCAGCCAGCGCCAGAAGGAGGCGACAGGUUAGAGUCCAUUUUCGACGUGAACGACACGGACGUACCCCUUCCCGAGCAUCGCCAGGAUUCAAGAGGUCCGCCUGGAGAUGGUGACCGGCCACCCCCAGCAGAAGGCUGUAUAUCAGACUUCGUUUUUGAUAUGGACGACCUGGAGGAGAAACCCCUUGCGUAUCACCAGGGAACUGAUUUCGCGUCCGAGCAUAUCUAG